AUGUCCAAGCCGGAAGAUGGGUGUGCGCGAUCAGGGGUCAAUUCCUCUCCUCUGAGACAGUUCCGUGAAAAACAUACUGAACAGGCUGAUAGACAUCAACCAUCAGCUCAGAAAAAGAGAAAACACGGUAACUAUGGAAACUGGGAAACAGACCAGAGACAGCUUUAUAACCUCCGCCAGUUUUCCUGCUUCCAGGAAGUCAACGUUAAACAAAUCCCAGACUCAGAGGAGAGAGUCCUUAUUGGUGAUUUCUCUAAAGCCUGCAUCCUGCCAAUAGAAGAUGGAAAACAUCAGGAUCUGAAAUACAUUUCAGCUCACACUGUAGCCGCUCUGCUGCUUGGAGAGUAUAAACAUGUUAUCCAUGAGUACGUCAUAGUGGAUUGUCGUUACCCAUAUGAAUAUAAUGGUGGGCACAUAAAGGGAGCCCUGAAUCUGUACACAGAGGAACAGCUCAUCAGUACGUUCUUUCCAAGCCAAGUAUCGCCUUGUCCUAGGAAGCAUUGUAGGGUCAUUAUUUUCCAUUGCGAGUUCUCCUCAGAGCGAGGUCCAAAGUUUUGUCGGAGUCUCAGGAGAAUGGACCGAAAUGCAAACGUAUAUCCAAACCUCUGCUUUCCGGAGCUUUACAUUUUAAAGAACGGAUACAAGGAAUUCUUCCAGGAGUUUGCGACAUUCUGUGAACCUCGGGGAUACAUCCAAAUGCAUCACAAGGAUUACAGAGAGGAACUUCACAUGAUCCGCAGGAAAGUGCGCUUGAUGGCUGGGCAUCGCAGGCGAAAGGGACUGUUCCAAAGGCAAAUGGAUAUUGAUGGGAUAGCAGAGGUUUCAACUUCAGAACUGACCUUCAACUUCAACACUUUCUGA